AUGGAUAAAGAAGACAGUAUUCGCCUAAUACAACUUUACGGAAGCUUCAAAAUGUUAUGGGAUUCGAAAGAUCCAGAUCAUUUAAAUAAAAGCAAGCGAGAAGAUUGCUGGAUGAAGAUCUCUAAGGAAAUGAAGUUACCUAUACCCGAGUUGAAAAAGAAACUUGACUCAUUGACAGCUUCAUACCGACGCGAAAAGUCAAAGCAGAGAAAAAGUAAUAUCACUGGUUCAGGCGCUGACGAAAUUUAUAUAUCGAAGUGGUUUGGUUUCAAAUAUUUUGACUUUAUGUCAAAUAAAGAUGACACAGGAAUUACAAAAGAAGGCGGAAUAGAUAUCGUAAGUCCUUUAUUUAUGUUUAUUUUCAAAAUUAGUUGA